AUGGUGGACAAAUAUCCUGCCCAGGAUCUCUCAGAUGCCGCUCUGGGAGGGCCAAUUGGCCUGAAAGAUGGCUACUUUGUGGACGGAUACGGUCGCACACUCACCCUUCACGGACUCAACAUCUCAGGAGCCAGCAAGCUGCCGACAAAACCCAACGGCCUCUCCCAUCUCACUGAGGGCUUCUUCGAGCACCGCACUGUAACUUUUGUAGGCAGGCCAUUUCCUCUCGAGGAUGCGCCUCUGCACUUCCGGCGCCUGCAGGCUUGGGGACUCCCUCUCAUCCGUCUUCUUGUCACAUGGGAGUCGCUUGGUCAUUCUGGACCGAAUCCCCAGACCGAUCUCGACCUGGAGUACAUCGACUACUUGCGCAAGCUUAUUGAGCUUAUGCCCAAGUAUGGCAUCAAGUGCUUUAUCUGCGCCCACCAAGAUGUCUGGAGUCGGUUCAGCGGUGGGAGUGGUGCCCCUGGUUGGACUUUCGAAGUUGCGGGGCUUGACGUCGAAGCUUUCACCGACACAGGCGCCGCUUACGUUCAUGGCCAGGAUGAACUACGGCGCGCAAAUGCGCCAGUAAACGAGAAGGAACCCAGCGGCCCUUUUGUGUGGCCUUCAGGGUAUCAGAAGCUAGCUGCAUCAACAAUGGCUACAUUGUUCUGGGCUGGGGACGCUCUUGCACCAAAGCUGCGUUGUCCGCGGCCACAGAGCUCAAAACCUGAUGAUACUGUCUCAGUGCGGGAGUUCCUUCAAGAUGCAUUUAUUGAAGCUUUCGGCCGAUUAGCCGACGAGGUUGGCGGUCUCGAAGCAUGCGUUGGUUUCGAGCCGUUCAACGAGCCGCACCGCGGCCUCAUUAACCUUCACAGUUUCGAUGGCUGGAACUAUGAUACCGACCUUCACAUUGGGUACUACCCGUCUUUGACGCAAGCUCUUGCGCUUGCCAGCGGCUAUGCCCAGGAAGUGGAUUAUUAUGUCAAGUCCUGGCCGUUUCCUACCCGUGUUUCGCACCGAACGCGUGUCGACCCGAAGGGAAGGUCUGCUUGGUUGAUUGCGAAAUCAGAUGCAUCAAAGCCUCAAAACUAUGGGCUGGGCAAGUGUGUAUGGCGCGCCCAUGGCGUCUGGGAAUGGGACGAGGCCAAGAAAAGCCCAAAGGUGCUGCUGAAGGACUAUUUCGAGGUGGACCAUCGUCCGGGCCAUGAGGGAAAACCACUAGAAUGGUAUCGGGACUUCUACGGCCCUUUCCUGAAGCGCUUCUCUGAGCGCGUCUCCCGCAAAUCCCCUCGUCAGUUCUGCUUCUUUGAGCCGAUACCAAACGAAUUUAUGCCACCCUGGAUUGGGGAAGGGGACAAGGCGGAUCAAUCAGCGCAUAAACAAACCUAUGCGACCAAAACAAUCAUCGACACGCCGAGGCCAAACAACCUUGUAUUUGCGCCGCACUUCUACGACCUCAACGUCUUGUUCAGCAAACACCACUCAUGGAUGAGCGUCAACGUACAGGGUGCGUCGAGAGGCAUGUUCAUUCUCAAAGCACUCUACUUUGGUGCAAAAGCGCUGCGGAGGAACUAUCGCCUUCAGCUUUCAAAUAUUCUUCGGUACGGGAAGCAGUCGCUAGGCGGACAUGUCCCGGCCCUUAUCGGCGAAGUCGGUAUCCCCUUCGACAUCAACGGCGGCGAGGCGUUCAAGACUGGACAGUACGACAAGCAGCGAGAGUUGAUGCAUGCUCUCAUUUCGGCCAUGGAGGAUAAUCAGGUCGCCUUCACACUGUGGAACUACAACCCCGACAACCGCGUCGAAUAUGGCGAUGGCUGGAAUAUGGAAGACUUCUCUGUCGUCAACGGCAACACUGAAGCCAAGCCUGGCCACAUUGUUCCCGACUAUACCAAUGAGGCGCACGAAGAGCAUGAACUUUACCGUGGGGGAAGGGUGCUCGAUGUUAUCAUCCGUCCAUACGCUGUCAAAGUCGCUGGGCGACCUUUGCGAUCGGAUUGGGACCCUCGAACCCUGCGGUACGAGUUUGAGUGGGCAACUGAGACUCAAAAUGCAAACCAGGCAGAGAAGAAGCAAUCGGACAAGUCACGAACGACUGAAGUGUUUGUGCCAAAGUAUCACUACGCUGACUGCAACAUCGACGUCAAGGUCAGUGACGGAGAAUGGUCGUAUAAUCCCGAUUUGGAGACACUUUACGUUCAUCACGAUACGGACAAGACAAACCACCGCUUGACCAUCGGUAUCCACAAUGUGCCAAGACACCUCAUGGAGACGGUAGAACGACGGCGGCGGGCGUUUCCGCCAAGCUUUCCUCUGAGCCUGAUUUCGCCCAGCACCGAGCUUGCAAUGGACGAGUUGAUGAUGACAGUACUGCUGCCGGGUCUUGUUCUCGUAUUGCUCGCAGUUGCGCUAAUGUUUAUAUGA